GUAAAAUGAGCUCCACAAUACUACCGUAACGAAGCAAUUUCUUCAAUUAAUCCUGACCGUCCAUCCAGAUUUGCAGCCAAAACAACUCGUCCCCUCUGUCUACCAAACUCUUACUUUGAUUGACUUCCUCCAUUGCUGUUCCUCAAAUCCAUCUUCAUCUUCCACUAAACUCUUCCAUUCCACUUCAAACAUCAAACCCAGCAUUUUCUCACAUUUGUGAUCCAAACCCAUAACUCAAAACCCCAACUUUCAUAGUAUGGGUUCUGAUUCACCCUCCAUUUUAGCCCCAAUUAAACCACUUCAGACCCAAGAAGAUGACCCACCAAACCCAACGGAGGCUCUUCUCUCUUUCAGCACAGAUUCUCCUUCUUCCAAGGAUCCUUCUCGUAAAUUCACGACUACGACCAUUGUUUUCAUCUCCCUACUCCUCGUCACCUGCGUUGCCCUUGCCGUCGCCGGAGCUUUCGCAUUCCUCUACUUCUCGGCUCCAAACACGACGAUCCGAACGAAGUCCGCUGCGGAUUCUGAAAAAUUGGCUCGCCCUCUCAAGAAACUCGAUCAUCCGGUGGUUCUGCUCAUCUCCUCAGAUGGGUUUCGAUUCGGAUACCAAUUCAAGACCCCAACUCCAAAUAUAGGCCGCCUCAUUGCUAAUGGGACUGAAGCCGAAUUGGGUUUGAUUCCGGUUUUUCCAACUCUAACUUUUCCUAAUCAUUACUCUAUUGUCACUGGUCUUUACCCUGCUUAUCAUGGUAUAAUCAAUAACCAUUUUGCGGAUCCAAAUAGCGGGGACUACUUCACCAUGGCCAGCCACGAGCCCAAGUGGUGGUUAGGCGAGCCGUUGUGGGAGACUGUGGCCAAUCACGGUUUAAAGGCUGCUCUCUACUUCUGGCCUGGUUCUGAGGUAAUUAAAGGUUCUUGGACUUGCCCAAAAAAGUUUUGUCAACAAUAUAAUGGUUCUGUUCCAUUUGAGGAACGAGUUGAUACUAUUUCGAAUUAUUUUGAUCUUCCCACUAGUGAAAUUCCUGUAUUUAUGACCCUUUAUUUUGAGGAUCCUGAUCAUCAGGGUCAUCAAGUUGGGCCUGAUGAUCCUCUGAUCACUGAAGCUGUUUCUAAAAUUGAUAGCUUGAUUGGAAAGUUGAUUACUGGUCUAGAGAAAAGAGGUGUUUUUGAAGAUGUUAAUAUAAUCUUAGUUGGUGAUCAUGGAAUGGUUGGAACAUGUGAUAAAAAAUUGCUAUUUCUCGAUGAUUUGGCUCCUUGGAUUGAAAUCCCUGGGGAUUGGGUGCAGUCAUACACUCCAUUACUUGCAAUUCGUCCACCUCAAGGCGUUGAUCCAUCUGAUGUAGUCAAGAAAAUGAAUGAAGGGUUGAAAUCUGGGAGGGUAGGGAAUGGUGAGCAUUUAAGAGUUUAUCUUAAGGAGGAGCUUCCCAGUAGGCUUCAUUAUGUUGCUAGUGAUCGAAUUCCACCUAUAAUUGGAUUACUCGAUGAAGGGUUUAAGGUAGAACAAAAGAGAACCAACGAGAAAGAGUGUGGUGGAGCUCAUGGUUAUGACAAUGCUAUAUUUUCCAUGAGAACCAUAUUUGUUGGCCAUGGUCCUCGGUUUCCAAGAGGGAAGAAGAUUCCAUCUUUCGAAAAUGUUCAGAUUUACAACUUGGUGACUUCAAUUCUCAACAUACACGGUGCUCCCAAUAAUGGGUCUGUAUCGUUUCCCAAUUCUGUUCUUUUGCCUACUCCAUAAAAUGUAUCUUCAUUGAUGUUCUUCGUGAAGUAAUCGAAGUAGUGAAAAUGACAAUGAUAAUGCCAUUGCAGAUAGGUAAAUCUGUCAUUAUGGUAUUGGGAACCCAUGCCUUUUAUCAGUGUAUCAUGAUUAUCAUCGAUAUAGAUACAUCACUGGUAAUGUAUAAUGUAAUAUGUGCUCAAGUAAAUGCCAAAGAAAUUUUUGCUUGUUAAAAA